GUCAAAAAAAGCCCACCGAAGUCCUGGGAGUUCACAUCUGUGUGAAGAUAUGGCAACAUUGUUUGUAAUGGAAAGACUGGACACUCCCAGUGCUCAUCAGUGGGGGAGUCAUUAAAUAAACUAUGCAGCGCCGGCUCAGCACCACCGGCUCAGCACCGCUCCGCAGCCCCUGCCUGCCACGGUCAGCUACGCCCCACCUGGUCUGCUGCGGAGUUCCCAGCCCAGUGCCUAGCCCAGUGGAGCCACAGCCUGUUCCUCGGGAAGGAACAGUGGGACCUGACCGGCCAGAUCACCUCCAAUCCCACCAGGCCUCUGUAGCUGGCCCCCCUCCUGGGUUCUGGCCAUGAAGCCCACCUCAGGCCCAGAGGAGGCCCGGCGGCCAGCCUCGGACAUCCGCGUGUUCGCCAGCAACUGCUCGAUGCACGGGCUGGGCCACGUCUUCGGGCCAGGCAGCCUGAGCCUGCGCCGGGGGAUGUGGGCAGCGGCUGUGGUCUUGUCAGUGGCCACCUUCCUCUACCAGGUGGCUGAGAGGGUGCGCUACUACAGGGAGUUCCACCACCAGACUGCCCUGGAUGAGCGAGAAAGCCACCGGCUCGUCUUCCCGGCUGUCACCCUGUGCAACAUCAACCCGCUGCGCCGCUCGCGCCUAACGCCCAACGACCUGCACUGGGCUGGGUCUGCGCUGCUGGGCCUGGAUCCCGCAGAGCACGCCGCCUUCCUGCGCACCCUGGGCAGGCCCCCUACACCGCCCGGCUUCAUGCCCAGUCCCACCUUUGACAUGGCGCAACUCUAUGCCCGUGCUGGGCACUCCCUGGACGACAUGCUGCUGGACUGUCGCUUCCGUGGCCAACCUUGUGGGCCUGAGAACUUCACCACGAUCUUCACCCGGAUGGGAAAGUGCUACACAUUUAACUCUGGCGCCGAUGGGGCAGAGCUGCUCACCACUACUAGGGGUGGCAUGGGCAAUGGGCUGGACAUCAUGCUGGACGUGCAGCAGGAGGAAUAUCUACCUGUGUGGAGGGACAAUGAGGAGACCCUGUUUGAGGUGGGGAUCCGAGUGCAGAUCCACAGCCAGGAGGAGCCGCCCAUCAUCGAUCAGCUGGGCUUGGGGGUGUCCCCGGGCUACCAGACCUUUGUUUCUUGCCAGCAGCAGCAGCUGAGCUUCCUGCCACCGCCCUGGGGCGAUUGCAGUUCAGCAUCUCUGAACCCCAACUAUGAGCCGGAGCCCUCUGAUCCCCUGGGCUCCCCCAGCCCCAGCCCCAGCCCUCCCUAUACCCUCAUGGGGUGUCGCCUGGCCUGCGAAACCCGCUACGUGGCUCGGAAGUGCGGCUGCCGAAUGGUGUACAUGCCAGGCGACGCGCCAGUAUGCAGCCCCCAGCAGUACAAGAACUGUGCACACCCGGCCAUAGAUGCCAUGCUUCGCAAGGACUCCUGCGCCUGCCCCAACCCGUGCGCCAGCACGCGCUACGCCAAGGAGCUCUCCAUGGUGCGGAUCCCGAGCCGCGCCGCCGCGCGCUUCCUGGCCCGGAAGCUCAACCGCAGCGAGGCCUACAUCGCGGAGAACGUGCUGGCCCUGGACAUCUUCUUUGAGGCCCUCAACUAUGAGACCGUGGAGCAGAAGAAGGCCUAUGAGAUGUCGGAGCUGCUUGGUGACAUUGGGGGCCAGAUGGGGCUGUUCAUCGGGGCCAGCCUGCUCACCAUCCUCGAGAUCCUAGACUACCUCUGUGAGGUGUUCCGAGACAAGGUCCUGGGAUAUUUUUGGAACCGACGGCACUCCCAAAGGCACUCCAGCACCAAUCUGCUUCAGGAAGGGCUGGGCAGCCAUCGAACCCAAGUUCCCCACCUCAGCCUGGGCCCCAGACCUCCCACCCCUCCCUGUGCCGUCACCAAGACUCUCUCCGCCUCCCACCGCACCUGCUACCUUGUCACACAGCUCUAGACCUGCUGUCUGUGUCCUCGGAGCCCCGCCCUGACAUCCUGGACAUGCCUAGCCUGCACGUAGCUUUUCCGUCUUCACCCCAAAUAAAGUCCUUAUGCAUCA